AUGUUCGACCUGAGAACGAAGGUUAUGAUCGGCAUCGCUAGCAGUUUGCUGGUUGCUGCAAUUAUGCUGAUAAUCGUUGUCCUUUGUCUUUACUGGAAAUUAGCCAAGGCACUGAAAAUGGCAAAGGAGGCAGAUGUUGAAAAUUGUAUUGGUCCAUGCAAGUUCUCCCAAAGCAAGAUCAACGGAGUCAAGCCCAUUCUUGCUGAGUCUUGUCCUGCCGUCCAGUACUGUGAUGACUGUAGCAUCUAUACAGACGUUGGCAGCCUGCCUCCUUGCUUUUGUGGCACAAGUGAUGGCCUCUAA